AAGAAGAAGCAGGUGUACCCUGUCUUACGGCUGCUCGAUUCAACUGGUGCGACUGAAGAAUUUGUACGAAAAUGGGUUCCCUGUCAUCAACGGCAUCGGGAAAACAUUACACGCAGGAUGAAACCACUACGAUGCGUCACGGAGACAUGGCUGGAAGUUCUGAGUUUGAAUUUCAUCGCACUGAGUCCGGCUACAGCACGGAAGGUAGAAAGUCUCGCAAACCGACAGCAAGCAAGCGGUUCAUGGUGACCUACAGCAUGGUUUUCGUUGUCGGUGUGGUGCUGUUGACUGGCCUUCUGAUCUUCAUGCUAUCAGAAAAGACAUCUGUUGCGGAAACCGCUGCCAUCGAAUCGGAGACUAUUCAGGAAGAGUACGGUCGUAUAUAUCACCACAAACGCACGGAGGUUGGCAUGUCGCCUACAGAAACCUCGACGGAAGGUCUCCAAGAAGCCGAUGCAGCCACGGAACCCAAAAAGAAGUCGACUAGGACUAAAACAACCACGCUGGGAGCUGGUUCACCCCUGAAAGCAGACUACCUUCUGUGCAGUCUGUCGAUCACCCAUGAACACUCGACGCCAAUGUAUUACCCGUCAGACAGUGUCUGUGACCUGCUGGUGUUGCAUGUGCUCUUUGUAAAUGGUACCAUCGUUUCCGACCAUUACUUCUCGUUCGCCGAUCAUGCUGUAGAUGCUCGGAGGACGCAACACGGACUCGACAUUGAUGACGUGGAUGUUGCUGAAAUCUACUCUAGCGAUAAGGGCGAUAACGAUAUUACACGCCAAGUCGAAGGACUCCGUGAUGCUUGGGACAGAAACAUCCAUCAUUAUGGCACACUCAACAGCGUGCUUACGCCGAAUACCACCAAUGACUACCUCAUGGGACUGACCAGGUUCUUGUCUGCUGUAAGGUAUUCUCAGCAAAGGUGGACGUGGAGUGAGAGCUAUACGCCAUACGUUUUUCUCGGUAUAUCGGUUCUGUAUGGCGACCCUCAUGAACAACAAGGUGCCAUCCAAGAGUACUUUCACGCUUUGAUCAAUGUAGGAAUGCCGACUGUCCUGGUGUACCAAAGCGUCUACGCUAAGCCUAACGUGGCUGGCGAGCCAUGCCGGUCCACGGGCCCUCUGAUUAUGACGGAUGCCUCUGAAGAGGACCAGCCAACACUCGAAAAGACCAUACAAUUCCAGAAGAGCGUAGCGCACCUGGUGCCCAGCUACAUCCACCAAGUCUUUGCCUUCACACCUUGUGGCCGUGGAAGCUGGUUUACCACGAAACAAAACCUUUCCUUGGGCCAUGCUUGUCUAAAUUCAUCGAUGACUAUUCGGAAUCAGACAACGGAUUGCAGAGACAACGCCGCCGAUCACACCCAAGUGGACCCCGUGCGAAAAAUCGCGUUCACCGUUUCAGCCGAUGACUUAUACAUCGUUGCCUACGAGACCAGAGAAACUCUUUUCUCCAAGAUGUGCGAGGUUCAGCGGCAAACCAACAUCGCGAGCUGGGCUAUCGUCGGUGUCGCCUGCAGUCCACACAGCGGCCUCUGUGAGGAACCAGCGAUAUAUCCACUAGCGUUUCCAAGCUGGGUGAAGAGUUACAAGAAGGAGCUCGCAAAUAUGUGCAAGUCUGGCACAAUGUUCCUUGGAUGGUAGAAACUUCAUGGAGAUGUUAACCUUUCCAUGGUGUAGACUGUUUGUACGUAAAGGGAUAUAUGUGUGCUCAUAAAUCACAUCGGC